AUGGAGAAUAUAGUCUCUGCCACGGGCCGUCAGAAGCACCAACCUCUUGAGUUUUCCUACCCUACGAGACAGUUUGGUAAAACAAAGAUUGUAACUCAUUCAUUUCAAACAGCAUGGUACGAGAAAUGGAAAUGGCUUCAUUACUUGGAAGAGUCAGACAGCGUCAUCUGCUUUACUUGUGCUCAAGCAGUAGAGGAAAAGAAGUUGCGUAAUCCAAGAAUGGAAACAACCUUUGUUGUAAGUGGAUUUACUAAUUGGAAGGAUGCUACUGCAUCAUUCAGGAAACAUGAGGCUAGUGAUUGCCAUCAAGCUGCAACUGAAAUCAUGCUGAGCCUUCCACAGAAAGUUCAAGAUGUCGGAGAAAUGCUCUCAUCUGAAUCAAAGAAAGAAAAGGCUGUCAAUCAUCAUUAUUUAUUGAAAGUUCUUAGUUCUAUAAGGUUUCUUGCCAGACAGGGACACUACCAAUGA